AUGCGUGGACCUGCUGAGCAGUUUCUUACAUUGAGGGCCUUUGGUGCUCCAGCAAUCGUGCUUGCAUUAGCCGCACAAGGCACCUUUCGUGGGUUUUUGGAUACCAAGACGCCUCUAUAUGCUGUAGGUGCGGGAAACUUUCUUAAUGUCAUAUUGGAUCCAAUAUUAAUAUUUCUUUUUGGCCUUGGAGUUAGUGGUGCUGCAGUAGCUACUGUGAUCUCUGAGUACGUCAAUGAUGUGAUAUUUAAUAGCUUUCAUUCUGCUAUGGAAAUUGAGUGGCAAAGUGCUGCUAAUCUCUUCUGA